AUGACAGGCUAUCGGUUCCCCAUUGACCUUUCGCAAUUCAAGAACCUCAAGCUUGAUCCGAAAAGCUCGAAGCUCUCGGCUGAGCAGAGAAGGGAUCUUCAGCAUAACAUUGAUGUCUUCCGUGAUGCUAUUGUAGCGUUUACGGCGACAGGGUCUGCGCGUGGUCUUGCAGGACACACCGGUGGUCCUUUUGACACAGCUCCCGAAGUCUGUAUUCUGCUUGCAUUUAUCAAUGCAAACCCCGGGGGAUAUAUCGACGCCCUCUUCGAUGAAGCUGGUCACCGCGUCGCUACACAAUACCUCCUCGCAGCAUUGGACGGAAAAAUCGAACCCAACCACCUCCUGAACUACCGUGAUGCAGACUCGAAACUCCCCGGACACCCCGAAUUGGGUCUUACACCAGGCGUGAAGUUCAGUUCUGGACGUCUCGGACACAUGUGGGGUAUGGUGAACGGUAUCGCCAUGGCAAACAAAGACAAGAACGUGAUUCUGUUGGGAUCAGACGGUUCUCAACAAGAAGGUAACGACGCCGAGGCCGCUCGUAUCGCCGUCGCCAACGACCUCAACGUCAAGCUGUUCAUUGAUAACAACGAUGUCACUAUUGCCGGACACCCCUCGCAGUACCUGAAGGGGUAUGAAAUUGGUCGCACACUCGAAGGACACGGACUCAAGGUCCUCCGCGCCGAAGGCGAGAACCUCGAGUCGCUGUACGCCGGUGUCUCCGAGGUCAUCAACAACAACGGCCCUGCGGCCCUCAUUGUCGACAGAAAGAUGGCCGCUGGCAUCGAGGGUAUCGAGGGCAAGACCAACGCCCACGAUGUCAUUCCCGUCGACAUCGCCCGCAAAUACCUCACCAACCGCGGCUACAAGCCCGAGGACCUUGAAUUCUAUGACAUGAUCAAGGCUUCGUCGAACACGCACCAAUACCUCGGUUCGACAAAAGACAAGGGUGCGAACCGUGUUAUCUUCGGUGAGGCAGUAAACUCCGUCCUGGACGGCCUCAGCAAAGAAGAAGCCGCCCGCAGAGUCAUGGUCAUCGACUCGGACCUCGAGGGCUCAACAGGGCUUAAGGGCAUCCACGGCGCACACCCCGAAGUCUUCGUCCCAUCGGGCGUAAUGGAACGCAGUAACUUCUCCGCGGCCGCAGGAUUCGGUUUCGGCUCCGAUGGCACGCGCCAGGGCGUUUUCUCGACGUUCUCUGCAUUCCUGGAGAUGUGCGUUUCGGAAAUCACCAUGGCGCGAUUGAACGGAUGCUCCGUGCUCUCACACUUCUCGCACUCCGGCGUCGACGAAAUCGCAGACAACACGUGCCAUUUCGGCCUGAACCACUUCUUCGCUGAUAACGGGCUUAUGGAUGCCGAGAGCACGGCGCUGUAUUUCCCUGCUGAUGGGGACCAGAUGAAAGCUGUUGUCCGGAAGGUGUUCUUCAGCAAGGGUCUGCGAUUCAUCUUCUCCACCCGCUCCAAGGUCCCCUACAUCCUGAAAGAAGGCACAGAGGAGAAGCUCUUCGGCGAUGGCUACGAGUUCACACCGGGUAAGGAAGAAUUCAUCCGUCGCGGAUCCGCAGGAUAUGUCGUUUCCUACGGCGACAUGCUAUACCGCUCCCUGGACGCCGUCGAGCGUCUUCGCGCAGAAGGCCUCGACGUCGGAUUGGUCAACAAACCAACACUCAACAUCGUUGACGAAGACGCGAUCAAGGUCUAUGGCUCAAGCCCCUUCCUCGUUGUCGUGGAGUCGAUUGCUCAAAAGACCGGUCUGGGCUCGAGACUUGGAACGCAUCUUCUGGAGCGCAAGUUUACGCCGAAGUAUCGGGCUGUGGGUGCUGUUAAGGAAGGCUCUGGUGGACUGUACCAGCAGAUUAAUGCGCAGGGUUUGGGGCCGGAUGAUAUUGUGAAGGUGAUUAGGGAUACGUCGGGUAAAUAG